AUGGAUACAGAUAACUUUGUAAAAUGGCUGAAAGAAAAGUUAAUACCUAACUUACCGCCGAACGGUAUAGUUGUCAUUGACAAUGCGCCUUACCACUCAAGGCAAUCAAUAAAGGCACCCACAAGCGCGUCUCUAAAAGCUGAUAUGCAAAACUGGUUGCGUGAUAAUAACAUUCCUUUCGACGAAAAGAUGACGAAAAAGGAAUUGUAUCCUAUUAUCUUAAGGACAAAGCCGCCAAAAAAAUAUGUUGUCGAUGAACUGAUGCAAGAGCAUGGUCAAGAAAUAGUACGUCUGCCACCCUAUCACUGUGAUUUAAAUCCUAUAGAAUACAUUUGGAAUCUAGUGAAACAAAGGGUGGCAGACAAAAAUGUUAAUCAAUCAGAGAAAGAAAUAGAAAAACUGACAAGAGAUGCACUUAGUUCUAUUACACCUUCCGACUGGAAAAAGGAAGUAAAACACAUUGAACGACUUCAGCGAGAGUAUUGGGAAAAAGACCAUCUCGAAGAAAAUAAUGUACGAGAAAUUAUUAUAUCCCUAGGGGAAGAAAGUUCGGACAGUGACAUAAGUGAUGGGGAUAGCGACAAUGAAGAAGAAGAUUCAAUGACUGGCAUAGAACCAAUCGUAUAUUCUGACGAUGAUUUAUAA